AUGGCAAUGAUGCGGCGUGGCUGUCCAUUCCUUUUUCUAUUACGACUUCUGUCGCAAGUGGUUAUUUCUGUAGCAACCUCAAAAGGUCUAACAUUCUCUAUUACUUUUAAUCCUCCGUACGUCCACGACUUAGUUACUGGUGAGAGUGCGGUAGUACGUAUGACCCUUAACAACGAUGGCCAUAACAAGUCUCAUUUAGCCACUAUAUCAAAGGCUAUUGUUUUGAAGUCUAUGAACGAAGAAAUUGUAUCUAUAUCCAGCAAAGAUGAGGAUUGGUUAUACAGUCAGCUGGAUCCUAAUGACUCAAAUUCUCCUUUCCAUUAUCAGAAAAACUUCACGAUGAGAGGCAAUUUUUUGGGAAAAACGGCAAUUUGUGUUCGGCUUUCUGUAGCAGACGAUUUACUGGAGCCAGGCGAUGCAGAUUACAAAGAACUGCCGCGUGAAUGUACACUAAAAAGUAAAAAUAUGUUUGAUGUCUGGGUCAUACAACAACGAGGGCGUGUAGUUAAUCAUAUAUUUCUAUCAACGCUGGUGCUGCUGAUUGUAAUAGCAAAUGUACUCAUGGGUUGUGAGCUUGACUUAAACUUGGUUUUGGAGACGCUAAAGAAGCCCAUUCCUCCUCUUAUUGGUUUCUGUACACAGUUCAUCGCUAUGCCAUUGCUAGCGUACAGCAUCGCAACCAUAGUUUUCAUGAGCGAAGGGCUACACUCUUUCGCGCUGGGUCUUUUUGUCUGUGGUUGUGCUCCUGGAGGUGGCGCGAGUAAUUAUUGGACAUUGUUGCUAGAUGGAGACCUUCCAGUGUCAAUCACUAUGACUUUCUUAAGCACGACUGCAGCUCUAGUGUUAAUGCCGGCGUGGAUGUGGGCUUUAGGAUCACAUUUCUUGCGCAGUUAUGAUGCAGGGUAUCAGAUAAAGAUGCCAUACGCCAAAAUUAUCUCAUCAUUGUUCACUUUGUUUAUACCUUUAAUGAUCGGAAUUAUGUUAACACGAUGGAGGCCGACAAUUCAAACCAAAGUCCGAAAGGUUAUGCGCCCGUUCCUCAUUUUCGUUCUUGUUUUCCUAGUUUGUUUUGGGGCAGCUGCCAAUUUAUAUAUGUUCAAGCUUCUAACGUGGACAGCUCUUUUAGGAGGAUUGUUGUUGCCUUGGUGCGGUUUUACAGUUGGCUGCUUUGCAUCACUUUUUACACGUCAGAGUCCAAAGGUGGUGACUGCUGUAGCAAUCGAAACUGGAAUUCAAAAUACAGGGAUCGCAAUAAUGUUGCUAAAGUUUUCUUUUCCUGAGCCUGAUUCUGAUAUUAGUGCACUAAUCCCUGUUAUCUGCGCCAGCUUCACGCCUAUCCCGCUUCUUGUCAUGGUCAUGGUACAUGAGACCAUCAAAUACAUUAAGAAGCGCCGUCAGCCUAGUUUACAAGACACGGAAGCAACGAAAAAAUUAAACUAUGGAGAGCGCAUGAUACCUCCGGCAGAACUGAUUAUCAGGAAGCCGGAAGAAGAUGUGUCCGUUGCUGCAUUAUGA